AUGAGACUGAGAGAUCCCAAUUCAUUCCCAAUCAUUCAGAAAUUCACGCUGUUCACAACUCUCGUGAUCGGAGUUCAGGCUAUCGAUUCGCUAAAGGAAGUUCAUAACGCAGGCUACGUCCAUCGUGAUGUAAAACCGUCAAACUACGCCAUCGGAGAGGCUGGAACGUCAAGGGAGAAGCUGAUCUACAUACUCGAUUUUGGACUUGCUCGAUCAUAUCAAAGAGUUUUGCCCGAUGGUAAGGUAAUCCUCCGAAAUCCACGGAGAACAGUACAGUUCAGGAAGAAUAUGACUGACCACGGUCCGACGGAGCGUGAAAAGAUUCAAAGAGAAGGUGAACUUCUUGAACAAUGCCCAAAGGAGUUUGAACUGUACACCUUGCAUUUGAAGCAGCUCAGCUACGCUAUUGCACCAGGUUUGUAG